AUGUCCAGCAAAAGGGAAAACGUGUCGACUUUGCGGAAAUUGAAUCACUUUGCCGUCGCAUGCCGUUCAUCUCCACAAAAACAACAACAUCGCCACCAUGAAAGUGACAAACGUCAGACGGUUAAAUAUGUAAACGAAGAAAACGCACGUGACAUUACCAGUGAACACUCCGAGUCGGAUGAAUAUACGUUUAUGGUGCAAGAUACAGACGAAAAUACCAAACAUCCAAUGGUUAUUAUUGACACUGGAGCGACAGUUAAUUUACUCGAAGUAAACGAUUUUCAAGCCCUCAAACCGGAAAUAAAAUUGCAACACAGUUCUAUCAACAUCUACCCCUACAAGUCCGAUAAACCCCUCCGUGUCCUUGGAAAGUUUACUGCUACUGUAGAAUCGCGGAAACGAAUUGAUGCUGCCGAGUUUUUUGUCGUUAGCAACAACGGUCGCCUUGGAGGUUCUUUGUCAUCCUACAAUACUGCAAAGCAUCUUGGUUUGAUUGCAAUUACUAACGCUGUGGACACUGCUAAGAACACAACUGUAUCCUGCAAUGUUGCAAUACCUGAGGAAUAA